ACAGCAAAAAGGAGACCCGCUGAGGAGAGUCUGUUUUUCACGGUGAUGGUUGAAAUUUCUAUUGUGAACGUAAUGGUGAGAGUGUAUCAGACAAUAGGGUGUGACCUUCAGUGCUAUCACACACUCUGAAGCUUCGCACUGACUCAGAGUAUCAUCAUCUCCUAAAACACGCCACCCCUUUUUUUCCCAUCCCCCCCUCAUCACUGGGUAUUUAAGGAAGGGUCACUAUCAUUAUGCCCCGUCAGUCUACUCAGGCGUUUCGUUAGAGUAAGAUCCUCAGCAGCCAUGGCUCCGUCCUAUAAAGAGGUGGUGGAGGGCGCCAGGAAGGCCUAUGCUGAGGGUAAGACGCGGCCCAUCGCUUUCCGCCGUCAGCAGCUGCAGCAGUACAAGAAGAUGUUGACAGAUCACAAGGAUGAAUUUCUGAAGGCCCUUGUUUCUGACCUGAAUAAGCCCCAACUCGAGGCAGUAAUCUUCGAGGUCGACUUUGCCCUCAAGGACGUCGACUUCUUGCUGGAGAACCUAGACAGACUGGUCAAGACGGAGGAGGUUCAGUCUGUGGUACCUGGAGAUAAGUCGCUGUUGGUGAGGGAGCCAUAUGGUGUGGUCCUCGUGAUGGGCGCGUGGAACUAUCCUUUGCAGCUGUCUCUCAUUCCCGCUGCUGGUGCCAUCGCUGCGGGUAACUCUGUCAUCAUUAAGCCCUCGGAAGUGUCUCCUGCAACUGCCAACGCCAUCGCCAAAUACCUGCCGCAGUAUUUAGAUAAGGAUUGCUUCCGUGUGGUGCUGGGUGGCGUCCCGGAGACCACGGAGCUGCUGAAGGAGAGGUUUGAUUACGUCUUCUACACGGGGUCGACCACUGUGGGCAGAAUAGUGAGGGAGGCAGCCAACAAGUACCUCACCCCCACUACCCUGGAGCUCGGGGGCAAGUGCCCCUGCUACGUGGACGGAACAGCAGACCUGGAUAUUGCCGUGCGUCGCAUCCUGUGGGGCAAAAUGUUUAACCUCGGCCAGACGUGCAUCGCCCCUGACUACAUCCUGUGCCCUAGAGGGAUACAGGACGCCUUCGUCAACAAGGCCAAGGAGGUGCUGAAGGAGUGGUACGGCGAGGAUAUGAAGAAGUCCCCUUAUCUGUGCAGGAUUGUUGCUGAGAGACAUGUAGAUCGCCUCGUUAGCUACCUGAAGGACGGCAAGGUGGUGAUCGGGGGGCGGUAUGACAAGGCCAGCAAGUGGGUGGAGCCUACAGUGCUGGUGGAUGUCAAGGAAAACAGCGGCGUCAUGAAGGACGAGGUGUUUGGCCCUAUCCUGCCCAUCCUCAACGUCAACACUCCUGAUGAGGCGAUUACUUUUAUUAACAAAGGAGAGAAGCCACUUGCCAUGUAUGUCUUCAGCAAGAACAAGGCAGACGUGGAUAAAUUCCUGGAGAGGGUUUCCACUGGAGGUGUCACGGUCAACGAUACUCUUCACCAUUCGGCCAACCCCAACCUGCCCUUCGGUGGCGUGGGCUACAGUGGCAUGGGCGCCUAUCACGGGGACCAGACCUUCUACACCUUUGUGCAUAUCAAGCCUGUGCUGGUACGGGAGUAUGACGCAACACAGGAAAAGAUACUGAGGUGAGACACGCGAUUGCCAAGGGAAGGCCGAACCUUAUCUUUUUUCUCCCUUCGCAGCGCCCGCUACCCGCCCUACACCGCGGAGAAACUCAAGAUCCUUACUUCAUAAAAGGUAACAACAACAGCGGCAUCAACACCACUUCCUCCACCACCAAACACAAAAGUGACUACAAGAACAACAACGACGACUUAUUAUUUUUUUUAUGCACAAUGAUUAAAAUAUGAUGAUCAGUUGCUGCAGCAUGUACGAGAUAUGCAUCAAAUUGCUAAUCCAUCAACUCCUGUGGCUUCCCGUCAGGCUCAUUACAAUAUUGUGGUGCAAGGUGCCUUCAUCAUUCGACUGUUAUGGUUUCUGAAAAUUAAUAAAAUAUCGUGGCGCAA